CUGCUCCGCUAGGGGGCGCAGUAACUCAACUCCGGUUUCUCCUGGUUUCCUAUUUUCGGUGAAUGAAGGCGAAGGAACGUGUGCUCAGGUUCUCCGGAUAACCUGACUGUGUUCUGUAUUGUAAUGUGACAAGUUGUGCUUCCUGUUACUGUCUGUUUGCACUUUUGAACCAACGGUAUUGUAUUUAUCAGUAUUUAGCUGCUCUUUGACGCGGACAACGCUGCGCUUUGUGUUGAAGCGACACUUGUAGACGGUUUGUUUGGUAGCUGAGGAUCAUUCUAGUAAACAACAUGUCUGAGAGCAGCCUGAAGACCACCUCCAAGUCCAUCCCCACCCGGCGGGUGGUGAUCAACAGCGCGGACCACAUGCCCCAGGUGGACUACUCCUCGACCCCCGGGGGGACCCUGUUCAGCACCACGCCCGGAGGCACCAGGAUAAUCUACGAUCGCAAGUUCCUGUUGGAGCGCCGCAGCUCCCCGGUGGCUAGGACCCCACCCCGGGGUCUGCCCGACAUUCCAGGGGUGACCAGCCCCCCUGUUAAAGACAAGGCCCCGAACGGAGAACCUCUCAAUAACAACGUCAUCAAGACACCUGACAGCAAGGCUGCUGGCGAUGAUGCCCAGUUUGAGAUGGACAUCUAGUGGCCCCUGGAGGGGACCCUGAAGAGGCCCCUACGGAGCCAGGCGACCCUCUGGGUCCUGACGGGCCCCUGCCCUCCUCUCCUGCCGAGGCGGGGCCUUCAGCUCGGUUCCUCAGGGCCUCCGUGAGCCCGCAGCCUGGUGCUGGACGGACCGCUUCCUCUGGUCACAUGGAACGCAAACCAAGGACCUAUCAUUCAAGCCUGUUUACUGGCCACACACUUAUCUAUGGUCCAAUUUAAAUAACACGUCAGAUGACAGAUUUAUUUUUUCAUUCCAACUGAUUUAGGCACUUUUGAACCUUGCCAGUUGUGACCGGAAUAUCAUUUGUUGAUCAGGCUGUUUAAAGACUUGUUCACAUACAGAGACUGUAUCGGCUGCUUUGGUUGAUGACAUGAACAGGAAAAUCACAUGGAGUUAGGGUGAGAAAGCAUUAAAGGCAAACAAAACUUA